CACCAUUAUAUAUAAUUUCGAUAUAAUGCUAGCUGGUAGCUGUAAAGUACCGCCAUGGAUUCGUUGCCAAACAAGGCAUUUUGGUGUAUCUGGGAGCUAUGGACCCAGUAUAUAUGGAAUCCAACAGACAGAGACUAACACACGACUCAUUCGUUUACCGGAAGAGGCUCAGCAACCUCAAGUAAAUCUCUAUCCACGCAUUCAGGUAACUCGUUGGCCAGGUGAGGUGCGAGCUUUACGUUCAUCGUAUUUUUUCCGCCCAGGUCAGCGUAGUAAUACUGGUUACUAUCACAUGCUGAUCCCUGGUCGUAAAGAUAUAUGCCUAGUAUCGAAUGUUGACAAGCGUUUGACGGCUACUCGCACUAUAGAGAACUGUUUAUAUGAGCGUACUCGUGGUUUUGCCGGUCAGGUGUUACUCCAUGGUCGUGGUGUUAAGGCUUAUUUUGAACCUGCAUUUCCGCACUUGAUGUUCAGACUUGGGGUAGGAUCUAAUUGUUUGGACGCCACUCGUGUUUGUACUAUGUAUGCCAAUCAAGUAAAGGUGGAAGUAGAUCGUACAGGACUGAUUAUAUCAGUUCAUGGCUACAAUAAGAUGAUGGUUGGUAAUGUGGUGUAUCGUCUUUUCCGGUUAGUGGAGGCUAACCCCUACACGCUUAAGGGAGGUCAUAUUGCCAACCACCCGAUAAAGUGCAAGGUCCCUAAGAAACGUUAGUGGACUAGUGGCUGGUUACAUAUACACGGCAUUGCCACUUUGUCGUCGCAAUGUGACGUUUCACAUUACUAUCGCAAACUCUGGCGGAAACUCGC